GUUUUAUUAAAGUAUUUGAACUCUAAACAUAACCUUCCAUUUUUCCCAUCUUUAUUUUUUAUUAUUUUGGUAAUAAACCCCUUUCUAGUAUAGAUGGACUUCCACAACUAAACCAGAUAAUUAUCUGUAAUUACCCAGUCAUAGAGUCAUAGUUUUCAGGGACAAUAAGCCUCUGUUGACUACCUCCUCAUACUUCACGCUAAAAGCAGGAAGAAUUAGCAACAAAGACCACCAGGCAGUAAAUCAACUGGCAUGUGAGAUAGCUCAAUUCUGUAUGUUCUUUUCUGAAAAUCGCCCUCCUACUUCCUUAUCUAUAGAUUAAGAACUAUAAAGAGUAAUAAAAAAAUUAGCAGGCCAACCCUGCCAAGGGAUUGGAGCUAUGAGGAACAUGUGUUUUUGUAAGAAAGAGUUUUGUCUUUAGAUUGCAUAGAGAUAAAAGAAUUUGGGGAUAAUUAUUAGCUUGAAAAUGGCAUAUUAUUUUAAAGAGAAAAGUAAUUUUGAAAGAGCAUUUCUGUAUCUUUGGAUGAACCAGUUAUUGACAUUUAUAGUGUUUUGCAUAAACAUAUGAAUGUUUAUAUGCCUUUCUUAGCUUAUUCUAAGAGGUAGUGCUUUUGGUUUUUAUUUUAGUUUAUUUACCUUCAACUUUGCUACAGGUAUUCUAUUAUUGUCAUGAAGAGCCCUUAUGGAAAUUCAAGGCAUGUUUAGUACUUCAGAAUCAAUUUGUUGCUUAGAAAAUGAAGGCAAACAAUGAUGGCAAAGCCAUGUUAACCUUAUUCUCUUCACCUCUCUAAGCCAGACUUUCCUGUCUUUUACUGAGAUAAUCUGUCACUAUAAUUAAAUAAAACUUGAAAAAUAUUUUAGGUAACUCAUUUUUUUUUCUUGUACCUCUCUUCCUAACAGUCAUCAAGAACACUCUGGUUGCAAAUACUCAGAACCAAUCAUUUUUGUGUAUUUGUUAUAUAUUUCUAAUUUUGUAUUAUGGGAAGUAUUUUUAAAGGAUUCUAAGAUUUUUUCCUCCUUUUUUGGUCUUUAUUAAACUUGCUAUUUUUCUUAUACUUUUCAUAUUCUGUGAUUUCCUGUAAUGCAAAUGUUACUGUAACUUUUUCACUCAAAAACUGUUAAUGUUUGUUUAUACCUAUUAAAAGCCUGCUUUUUAAUGGUGUAAGACCCUGUUUAAAUAACUAACGAUUUGAUAUAGUCUUCAAACUAUUUGUAUUUCUGAAUGCCUUUUGGUUAGUCAAAGGAUUCAAAACUAAACUCUUCUGAACUGAUGUUUAAAAUGUUCAAUAUAAUCAUAUGAAUGUACUUCAUUUUUCAUUACUGUAAUUUAAAUAACAUUGAGUUUCCAAUAGGGAAAAUAAGAGGUGUUUUCUUCCUGUAAUGUUCAUUUGAUAACGUCAACACUUGCUUUUCUGUUGUUGUUGUUUUUACAGAUUCGCUUCAAGCUCAGCUUAUCAAUAUGGGUGUUAUUCCUACCUUAGUGAAAUUACUGGGCAUCCACUGCCAAAAUGCAGCUCUUACAGAAAUGUGUCUUGUUGCAUUUGGUAAUUUAGCAGAACUUGAGUCAAGUAAAGAACAGUUUGCCAGUACAAACAUUGCUGAAGAGUUGGUAAAACUCUUCAAGAAACAAAUAGAACAUGAUAAGAGAGAAAUGAUUUUUGAAGUUCUUGCUCCAUUGGCAGAAAACGAUGCUAUUAAACUACAGCUGGUUGAAGCAGGCCUAGUAGAGUGUCUACUAGAGAUUGUUCAGCAAAAAGUGGAUAGUGACAAAGAAGAUGACAUUACUGAGCUCAAAACUGGUUCAGAUCUCAUGGUUUUAUUACUGCUUGGAGAUGAAUCCAUGCAGAAGUUAUUUGAAGGAGGAAAAGGCAGUGUAUUUCAAAGGGUGCUUUCUUGGAUUCCUUCAAAUAACCACCAGCUACAGCUUGCUGGAGCAUUGGCGAUUGCAAAUUUUGCCAGAAAUGAUGGAAAUUGUAUUCAUAUGGUAGACAAUGGGAUUGUAGAAAAACUUAUGGAUUUACUGGACAGACAUGUAGAAGAUGGAAAUGUAACAGUACAGCAUGCAGCACUAAGUGCCCUCAGAAACCUGGCCAUUCCAGUUAUAAAUAAAGCAAAGAUGUUAUCAGCUGGGGUCACAGAGACAGUUUUGAAAUUUCUUAAAUCUGAAAUGCCCCCUGUUCAGUUCAAACUUCUGGGAACAUUAAGAAUGUUAAUAGAUGCUCAAGAAGCUGCUGAACAACUGGGAAAGAAUGUUAAGUUAGUGGAGCGUUUGGUGGAAUGGUGUGAAGCCAAAGAUCAUGCUGGUGUGAUGGGGGAGUCAAACAGACUGCUAUCUGCCCUUAUACGACACAGUAAAUCAAAAGAUGUAAUUAAAACCAUUGUGCAGAGUGGUGGCAUCAAGCAUCUAGUUACCAUGGCAACUAGUGAACAUGUAAUAAUGCAGAAUGAAGCCCUUGUUGCUUUGGCAUUAAUAGCAGCUUUAGAAUUGGGCACUGCUGAGAAAGAUCUAGAAAGUGCUAAACUUGUACAGAUUUUACACAGACUGCUAGCAGAUGAGAGAAGUGCUCCUGAAAUCAAAUAUAAUUCUAUGGUCCUGAUAUGUGCUCUUAUGGGAUCUGAAUCUCUACAUAAGGAAGUGCAGGAUUUGGCCUUUCUAGAUGUUGUAUCCAAACUUCGCAGUCAUGAGAACAAAAGUGUUGCCCAGCAGGCCUCUCUCACAGAGCAGAGACUUACUGUGGAAAGCUGAGAACUGCCCGAUACAUGGCAUCAUCCCAUCUCUGAUUUCCCCUCCGUCCUCCAUCCAGCUGCCUCUUCCACUUCAUUCUCUACCAUACCACUUGUGCAUGCAUGUAAUGUUCUAAUACCAGUUGAAGAACUGCUGUAGGUACUUGCCUAAUAAGAUUUCUUAACCCAUAGUUAGUGUGAACAUGACUUUGUCAAAGGCAAGUCUCCACCCAUAACUGUUCUCUCGUAUUCCUGUUGCUUGAGCUACAUUAAGUAGAAUGUGCAUGUUGUAGUCCUAUGAUGACGUAAACUUGGUACUACAUAAUGACUUGCUCCACACAUGCAGUAAACUACAUAAUGAUGUACUGGUAAACUAGAAACAAUGCAGCAGGAUCUGUCUAGUUAUUAAAGAUGAAACUGAAUAGGAAAAGUAGCUCCAUUUUUUGGUGCUUGGGAAGCACAGUGAACAAAAAAAGCUGUAUGGCUGCUUAUUCAUUAGUCUUUCCUACUAAUGUCAAACCGACGGUACCUAGAGUUAAAUAAAAUUCCAGUGCUCUUACUCUUUAACCUAUGGUUUCUCUUUUUUCCUUUGUAGACUAUUGAAACUGCCACCACAAACUUGGCAAGACUUUCUGAGGUUUCUGAUUCCGUAUUUAAUUGACUGUCAUCAAUAGCCCGAUAUUGAAAAACAUUUGUAGUUUUCAGUGUGAAACUAAGGGUUUGAAGAAUUGCUAUUACAAUCCCUAUUAUAAAGCAUUUGUGUUUUGCCAGUAUUUUAAUUUCUGAUACAUAUGCUGUUUCACCCAGGAACUACUUCUACCAGUUAAUCAACAUUGUCCAGCACUUGUCUGUAAAACUCAUUUGGCAUUUGUUUUCAACUGAGUAAACUGAGUAUAUAGUUCAUUGAAGAACGGAUUUUUUUUUUUUUUUUUUUUUUUGCUGAUUUUCAUUAUUCAGCUAGAAAGUGAGAAGUUUUAUCUCCCAUAGUCCUUUUAAAUCUUAUGUUAACAACACUUGCAGGACAUAGAAGGAAAGAUGAAGAAAUAAGUUUGUCAGGACUAAAGAAAGGAAGGCAGGUUAUAAAAGCCAUUGUAGCCAGUCCAGUUCAUUCUGCAGAUGGCCUCAUACCAAUCGCUGUUAGAGCUUCCCACCUCCACUUUCCCACUGAGAACUGCAGCAAUUUUAAAGGAUAUGAGAAAGCCAAGAUUCAACAGAUGAGAAGAGCCCCCUUGGCGAAAUAUAGUGUACUUUUCACUGCCACUGCCACCACCAAAUGGGUUUUUAGAGCUUUGAAACAUAAUCUUUGUAAAUUAAUCAAAACCUCCCUGUGACCCACCUGCCUUUCUCCCCAUACCCAAAUUUGACUACUACUGCCCUAAGAGGCAAGAUGGACUUUAAUAUAGAAGGACUGCAGGACAGUAGAAAGGGCUGCCACAGAGGUGACAGGAGCUCCUUCCUCUUUAACAUGAGAUGCUACACAUCUCUGUGGGUAAUCCAAGUUGGACUUUUGACUCUAAAACACCUAUAAUUCAAGUAAGUUAAAAUCCUGAUGGAGAAAAAUUAAAAAUAAAAAAAUAAAAACGAAAAAAUCCUAAUGGAGGUAAAGAAUCUUGACUUAUGUUCUGCUACACUUACUAUAAGAAUGAUAUUAUUUGUUGUCUUUCUCCUGUGCUGGAUAGUGGACUAUAUUUUAUUAUAGGCUUUGAAAGACUAAUGUUGCAUAACUGUUCAUAUUAACUUAAUAAAUAGUAUAAGAAGCUAUAAUGGCA